AUGACUGAGAGUAUCCGCUGUAUACUGGUGUGAUACUUAGAAGAGUUGACCUUUGAGGAGCUCAAGAAAUUCAAGUUAUUUCUGGAGGAUUCUCCCCCUAAAGAGAAAUUUCUCAGGAUCCCUAGGGGACAGAUGAAAAAGGCUGAUAAUACUGACAUGGCUGAACUCAUGGUUCUUCAUUAUGGGGAAUGGGAGGCAUGGGAUGUGGCUCUCAUGAUAUGGGAGAAGAUGGGCCUGAGAGAGCUGUGGGAGCAAGCAAAGAGAGAGGCUCCACAAAUGGAUAAACUCAGAUGGAACAGCAGGUUCCUGAGAGGGAAGGACAAAAGAUCAGAGAGAAGAAAGUUGGGAUUUUGGAAACAUGUUGACAGACUAAUGAAAAAGUGGUCAGGCCAGGACCACAUGGACCAAUGGAAUGAAGGUUGCCAAAAAACAUAUAGAAACAGAAUUAUGGAGAAAUAUCGGGUCAUGAGAGACAGGAAUUCUUGUCCUGGGGAAUAUGAAAACUUACACCACCGAUUCACACAGCUGUUGCUUCUGCAAGAAUAUCGUUAUAGAGAGCAGAAAGAACACGAGCUCUUGGCCAGUGGAUGGGAACAUGCCGAGAUCAUGGAAAAUCAAGGACAGCUUAUAGAGGUGGCAUCUUUAUUUGAUCCUGAUAAGAAGAGAGAAGCCCAUCCACAAAUUGUUGUGCUUCAAGGGGCUGCUGGGAUUGGGAAAACAACACUGGUCAGAAAGGUGAUAUUAGACUGGGCAGAGGGAAAUCUCUACCAGGACAAGUUUGACUAUAUAUUCUAUCUCCAUUGCAGAGAAAUGAAUCAUCUAAGAGGAAAAAAAACAAGGUUUGCUGAUUUAAUUGCUAAUGAUUGGCCAUUUCUAGAGGCUUCUAUGAAAGGAAUCCUGUCCCAGCCAGAAAAACUCCUCUUUGUCAUUGAUGGCUUGGAUGAACUAAAAUUCUCAUGCGAUGAGCACAGCUAUGACCUCUGUAAAGACUGGAAUCUGCAGCAGCCAGUGCCUAUUCUCCUGAGCAGUUUAUUGAGGAAAACUAUGUUGCCUGAAUCUUCCCUGCUCAUCACUACACGACUCACUGCUCUGGGGAAAUGCGAUUUUUUAUUUGAAAAUCCACGUCAUGUAGAGAUCCUAGGGUUCUCCGAAGAGGACAGGUGGAAGUAUUUCUGUAAAUUUUUUGGAGAUGAAGAUCAAGCCCAACAAGCCUUCAGUUUGAUAGUUAACAAUGAAACUUUGUUCACCAUGUGCUUUGUCCCACUGAUGUGUUGGAUAAUCUGCACUUGUAUGAAGCAGCAGAUGAGGAGAAAAAAGGAUCUUAAGCAGGCCUCCAAAACCACAACCACCUUAUACAUGUGUUAUCUUUCUAGUCUAGCAUCCCCUGGUGCCAGAAGCUGUUCAGUUCAGCACCACAGGAGCCUCUGUCGCAUGGCUGCGGAGGGAAUUUGGGAAGGGAAAAUCCUGUUUGAUGGAGAUGACCUCAGGAGGCAUGGUUUAGAGGCCUCUGAUGUCUCUGCUUUCCUGGAUAUGCACAUUUUUCAGAAAGAUAGUGACUCUGAAAAUUGCUACAGCUUCAUUCACUUGAGUUUCCAAGAAUUUUUUGCUGCCAUGUUUUAUGCCCUUGGGGAAGAGAAGGAAAUCAGUGGCAGAGUAGCCCCUCCCAUUCCUGGAGUCAAAGACCUUCUAGCAAAGUGCAGAGACUCCGCCACUAGCUUUGUGGCUUUAACAGUGCAUUUUUUGUUUGGUUUCCUGAAUGCAGACAAUAGAAAGAGGCUAGCGGAGAUAUACAACUGUAAAAUAUCACAAGAAAUAAAGUUGGAAUUAUUGCAAUGGAUACAAGCAGUGAUUGAACAGCAACAUAAAGAUCCAUCCUUAAGGAAUGAUCUACUAGAAAUGUUUUCUCAUUUAUAUGAAACUCAAGAUGAAGAGUUUGUGACAACUGCAAUGGCUCACUUCCAGGAAAUCAGUUUAAACAUUUAUUCCAAAUUACAUUUCUUGAUUUCUGUUUUCUGCAUCAAGUGUUGCCAUAAUUUGGGGAAAAUUUGCCUCAACAUAGCUAGGUUCCAACUGAAGUCCCUUCAAUUCAAAGUUUUCCAACUUGCUGUGGUUGACUGGCAGCAUUUAUUUUCAGUGCUUUCCAAGAAUCAAAACCUAAGAACCCUGGACCUGAGUGGCACUGAACUUGCCAAUUCAGCUGUGAAUGUUCUUUGCUCGGAACUAAGUCAAUCAAGCUGUAAAUUACAGAAAUUAAGUCUGUCCAAAUGCCAGCUCACUGCCUCUUGCUGUCAGCAUCUCUCAUCCCUUCUUAAGAACAACAGAAGUCUGACAUAUCUGGACCUGAGCAUGAAUUUCCUUGGCGAUGAAGGAAUAAAUGUACUAUGUGAAGUCUUAAGAAAUCAUAACUGUAAUAUACAGGAGCUCAAGUUGUCCAGGUGCCGCUUUUCUGAUGCUUGCUGUAAGAAUCUCUCCUCUGCUCUCAAGGCCCAUGGAAAAAUGAAAAAUUUAGAUCUGAGUGAAAAUACCCUUGGAGAUAUUGGGAUGAGCCUGCUUUGUGAGGCCUUGGGAAGUUCAGACUGUAACCUCCAGGAACUGAAGUUGUCCCAGUGCCACUUUACAGGUGCCUGUUGUCAGGAUCUCUCUUCUUGCAUCAAGAAUCAAACCCUGAUACAUCUGGAUGUGAGUGGCAAUUUUCUACAAGAUAGUGGAAUGAGAUUGCUGUGUGAAGCCUUAAGACACCCUACCUGUAAUCUACAGAAAUUGUCGUUAUCCCUGUGCCAUAUCACAGAUUCCUGUUGUCAGGAUGUUUCCUUUGCUCUCAAGAACAACCGAAGCCUCAUUCAUUUGGAUUUAGGAUGUAACAACCUAUAUAACCAUGGAGUGAAGCUACUGUGUGAAGCCUUAGGCAAUCAGGAUUGUAAUCUACAGACCCUGGAGUUGUGGAACUGCCAGCUCUCUGCUGCUUGUUGUCAUGAACUCUCCUCUGUUCUCAAGAAAAACCAAAGUCUGACUCAUUUGAAUUUGGGUGCAAAUCCAUUGCGCAAUAAUGGAGUGAAAGUGCUAUGUGAAGCUCUGGGAAACCAGAAUUGUAAAUUACAAAAACUGAAGUUGUGUAAGUGCCUUCUCUCUGCAGUAGGAUGUCGGUAUCUCUCCACUGCACUCAAGAGCAAUCAAAAUCUGACACACCUAAAACUUACAGGAAAUGGCCUGGGUGAUGAUGGAGUAAAGUUUCUGUUCGAGGCCUUGAAAAACUCCGACUGUAAACUACAAAAAUUAACGUUGGAUAAGUGGAAAUUAAGUGCAGAUACUCAAAGACUCCAAGAUGAACUGAGAAAGAAAAAACCUCACUUGAUCAUUGAGAAUUCAAGUCUAUGUUGA